CCUCCCCCCACCCCGCGCCACUAACGGCCGUCGGCGCCGCCGCCGCUACGAUGGUGCCGGGGGGGGCGGCCGGCGCCGAGCCCCAGCCCCAGCCCGCAGCAGGCGCCGCCAGGAAGCAGCGCGCCCUCGCCCGGAGGAAGGCGUUUUCCCUCUUCGUGAGAGCCAAGGAGGUGGCGGGCGGCGGCGAGGCGGCGCGGUGGCAGUGCUGCGGGCAGGCCUUCCCCGAGCGCGCCGCCGUCCACCGGCACGUCGCCACGCAGCACGCGGCAGAGCUGGCGCUGGCGCUCCAGCAGCAGCAGCAGCAGCGGGCGGCCGGGCCCGGCGGCGGCGGCAGCCCGGCGGGCAGAGGCGGCGGGCCGCAGGGGCGCCCCGAGAUGGCGCGGGGGCUCCCGGACACGAGCCAUGUGAGCCAGGAUGCGCUGACGAGCAAGGAGGGAAAAGUACUUCUAUAUUACUGUUACUGUGAGGUGAAGGAUCCAGAGAAACUCUGUGCUUGGCAAAGGGCUCUGUGCCAACAUCUGCAUCUGACUGGCAAGGUACGAGUUGCUUCAGAGGGAAUUAAUGGAACAGUUGGUGGAAGCAAAGUAGCUACUAACCUCUACAUUGAAGUUAUGCUCUCCCAGCCACUGUUCAAAGACAUUUUGUGUCGAGAUGAUUUCAAGAGCAGUGCAGGAGGAGCUCACUGUUUCCCAGACCUUCGAGUUGGAGUAUUUGAAGAAAUUGUACCUAUGGGCAUUGAUCCAAAAAAAGUCUCCUAUAAAGAAACUGGAAUCCAUCUAUCCCCUCAGGAAUUUCACAGAGAAGUAGAACAAUAUUUGUCUCAGGCCAAUCAAGGACAAAGUGAUACUAUCUUACUGGACUGUAGGAACUUCUAUGAAAGUAAAAUAGGACAUUUCCAGGGCUGUCUGGCUCCAGAUAUCAGGAAAUUCAGCUAUUUUCCCAGCUAUGUAGAUGAAAACCUGGAGCUUUUUAAAAACAAGCGUGUCCUGAUGUACUGCACGGGAGGGAUCCGCUGUGAAAGAGGUUCUGCUUACCUGCGGAGCAAGGCAGUGUGCAGAGAGGUUUACCAGCUCAAAGGUGGGAUUCACAAGUACCUGGAAGAGUUUCCAGAUGGAUUCUACAGAGGGAAGCUGUUUGUGUUUGAUGAUCGUUACGCCAUUUGUUCCAAUGAAGAUAUCAUCUCAGCAUGCAGAUACUGUGGGACGCUGUGGGACCAGUAUAAACUUUGUUCCAGCCAGCACUGUCGGCAGCUUGUUCUGACAUGUCCAAGUUGUUGCAAGAAAGGGCUUACAGCUUGCUGUCCUGUUUGUCAAGAGAAAGAGCUUAAGGUGACUUCAGAUGCUUCAGGAGAGGCACUUAAGGAGGAAUGUGAAUGUACAAGGAGACGGCCAAGGGUACCUAUUGAACAUAUCUCACAAAGUGCACUGGAUACAGGAAGAAAUUAAGCUGUUUAUUUAGCUAGUUUCACAUCUCACACUUGUGUUAAUGGGAGGGACUUGAUCCCCCCCCCCCCCCCCCCCCCCGUUAUUGCAAUUUGGUUUGGAUAUCACAAUAAUUUGUUAGCUUGGAAAGUCUGCAUUUAUGUUGAGUAUGCCCUGAAAACUAUCCACUACUUGAGUGUAAAUUACCAGAGUUGGCUGCUCACCAUUGCUACAGGAUUUUUCUUCCUACAUACAGUCUUGCACCAUACUUCUGUCUUGGGGAUUUUGCAGAAAUUAUUUGUUGGGGACACAGUUGUUCACAGUUCAAGAGAAACUGAAGAGACUGAAGAACAAUUCCAUGCUCUUCCCCCUCUAACGUAUGGAUGUGCGUGCAUGGAGGUGGAUCUGUCUGACUUCUUUAUUGAUGGUGCAGCUUCAAUAGCUAGUGCUAGGGUGAUGAAGACAGCAUAUGUUUUAACUUCUGGGUGUGAGAAGAUUAGACUUGCUUUAUACCAGUGUGAAGCAAGGGGUAUUUACCCUGAAGUCAUUGACUUGACUCCCAAGUAAAACCAGUUAAAGGCAAGGUGAGGACUCCUGUCUUUGCUCCAGCUAAGGCAGAGUGUGUACACUGCCCACAUAUACUAUCUGCCCAGCCUUACUUUUUGUGUAAAACCUGUGGGACCAACAGCAAAAGUAACCCUCAUUGUGAUGCUCUGCCUCUGUGGGAAUUGUUGAUAUCCCUCAGCCUGCCUGUAUGUGAAAUAACCAGGGCCCAGCUCUGCUUGCACUAGAAAAAAAAUCAACUUGAAGCAUGCUGAAAUUGAGACACUCAGAGAAGAGCAAGAGAGACUGCCAAAAUACCAGUGUUAGGGCGCUAGAAACGAAUGCUGGCGUCUGUGCCUAAACACCAGCAACCCCUAUAAGGAGACUGCCAGAUCAUUUAUCCAAGCUAAAUAAUCCGUGAUUUGGGGAGCAUUUCUGCUUUGUAAACAUGGACUGAGUUUUUUAAAAGCUGUGAGAUAUUCAUGAGUUUUCCAGUUUAUGUUAACAGGGAAAUUGUCUCUGACUUGGAAUCCAUAGCUUAUGAGCUCAAAAUGCUGCCUGUGGCUUUGUGUGCCUGAUGCUGUAGAAUGUACUGAAAGGUUUUAUUUUUUUACUGAAAGUGUGGAUGAUGUUUCAAGGAUUUUUUUUUCCAAUCAUGACACUUACUCUACUUUUUGGUACUAAGUCAUUAGGAAAUCAAAAUCAGUUACUUUUUAAUUUCUAUCGGCAACUGCUUUUCAAGACAUGAAAACAAUUUACUCAGGUUCCCACAGUUGCUUAGUGUCAGUUAGGGCAAUGUUAUUUUAACAUAGGUUGUAACCUUCUUCUGCAGUGCUACAAAUUCAGCAUGGUCUCACUGGUGACUAGACUGGCAGCUAAAGACAGGGGCACUGGUUCUAUUAAAGCCAUUGCAAGGAAUUUCUUCUUACUUCCAGUGUUGCCAACAUGAGCAGCUGUUCAACCGUGGUCUUUAUAAUGGUUCCUUGCAUGAAGCAAGACUUGAAAACUAAUGAAUGCCUACUUUGGGAAUCUUUCCAAGAUGGCAUUUAGAAAACUAGAGAAGUAAUUAGAAAACUCCCAUCAGUAACAUCUUCAGCAGAAAACCUGGCAAGAUCCAGACUCUCCUACCACCUUUCCUCCCAAACUCGGCUAGCCAGCUUACCUGAGCGCUUUUGAGAACUGGAUUUGUGGCAAACCAUGUAAGCUCCACUUGCAGGCCUGGCCUAGAACACUGAUAAAAGUGCCCUAACUUGCAUUUUGUGCUGCAUCUCUUUUCAGGUAUUAGGCCAAAAAGCCCACCAUAUUAGAAUUUAAUCUAUCAGCAAGUCUGGAACACUAAUUCAUUUGGAAGGCUGUUUUAAUAUAAUUUCUCAGUACAGAAUGGCAAGUAGGUAGACUACCUUUUAUAUGUAAGAUUGACAUUACUAAGAUGAUAAAUAACUUCUAGUGCUUCCGUUAUUACUUUUGAAGUAUUGCACAAAUACUUUUCAUUUGUAUGUCAGAGGCCCUUAAUUCUACAGAAGAAAGUGCUGAAACCUAGCUAACCGUCUGUCACAUAGUAGCUUGGUUACAAGGUACAGUUCUACUGAGAGCUCCUAGCAUGUGGACAGUCUACCUCAAAGGCAGAAGAAAUGAGCCAUAGGACCUAUUAGAAGGGUUUAAGAAUCAAUGGAUGGAGCCCCAAACAGCCAAGUUUCUUCAGCUGCAGAGAUGGGAGGAGAGGAAUGAGAUGCAUCCUUCGACUCUCUGCAUAUCAGCCUAUGAUCAGUUUUUGUAUACUGCCCUCUGUCUUACUUUUGUCGAAUUAAUACAAGUAAGUGCAAAAUGUGAAAUACCGUAUGCUGAGACCCAGGCACUUUGGCUGUAAUACCUUAGAGGAGGCAUGUUAGCAUUGUACGGCAUUGCUGCAGGAGAGGCAGGAGUUAAGCAGGACUGUCUGAUUGCAAGAGGCUACAGUCACAAAACAGCCUUUUCCCCUUUUCCUGAAGAGCUGCUUGGAUGAAACAGGAAUCUGUUUGUUCUUAUGCAUCAGUGUUUUGUAGCUUGAUGCCUUUUACCACAAAGCCUGAUGCUUCUCAGUGCAGCCUCAUUGCUGCUGCACAGCUCUCAUUUUAGUUGCAUUCUCUCACUUGCAGCUCUGUGAGGAUCAGCUGAGGACCCUGGAGCCAUCUCAUUAACUGUGAAGUCUCUAUACAUUUGGACUGCUUAAUUAAUUCAUUUUGAUGCUGAUACAGCAACAAGGAUGAAAAGGUUUGGGUGUUCUGUUUUAAGGGCUAUUUUAGUUUCAUUCAAGACAAAAUACUGUUGUCAGUUUUAAGGUAGUUCUCCCUGUCAGGUGGUUGCAUCUCCUUGCAUGUCUGAUUUUAUUACUGCCAUCAGCAUUUCCCAGCAUAAGAUACAUUUAUUUUCUUUUUAAGCCAGUGGGAGAGCUGAGCUAAUUCCAUGCAAAUUUGAGUGUAUGGCUUAGCUGAAACUCUGUGGCUUUGGUUUGAUAUUUUAGUUGACUGUUUAAAGUUCUUGGAGUGAGUAUGACAGGAAGGAGCUAGCUGACUGCUGGUUUGAUUUUGUUUAUUUUUUAUUUUUUUUUUUAAAUCAUGCCCUUCUGUACACUUCAUCUUCUGAAACAGAAUUUAGGGAGAAGAAGGAAGCUGUAGUGAAGCAUUUUAUCUGACACUGCUGACACAUUUAUUAAGAUAUGAAAAGUAACAGAUAUGUUUCCCACAUUGUUGACAAUAUAAUGUCAUUGGUCAGAGCUAAAUCCUCUGUGGUAUUUGUGCACAAGCUCUGUUGAAAUCUGUGGGACUUUUGCUGGAGUAUGCAUAAAGGCUGCUGAAUACGCUUAACAGAUGUGUGCAGACAGAUUUCUAGUAAGUGAGAACGUUUGCUAGGACAUAUUGUCAUCAGAGUAAGAAUAAGGCUUUGGUAUGACAGCACUUCUGUCAGGGUGACUUCCUAUCAAACAGAAUUCUAUCCAAGUCCACAGCAGGAGUUUUGGAUGGGAUAGUCCUGGGUCUCAUCCACUACAUGUCCGGGAGCUAUGUAAGCCUGUGGGGAAUUCCUCCUGGGCUAGAUUAAGGGUAGUAGACCUUCUAACAGAAAAGUGUCUGAGUGUGCACAGAAGUUCAGAGUCAGGAUAUUUCAAGUAACACCUUUGCUAUGGCACACUGUUUAGUGCUGCAUUUAUGUAGAUGUGAGGGAUGGUCACAGGAGAAAGUCUCUAGUAGAAUAGUGUUUAAUUAAUUGGCAACGUCAUUAGGCAGAACAGCAAAGAGUAAGGAUUUAAUAUAUUUGUCUGGCAAGGCUCUAGACAUGUUUUUAACAUUUUGAAAUUGAAGGUGGUGGGGGUUGGAACAGAGGACUCUGGUCUGCUGGUUAGUUUGGCCAUCUCUGUGGAGUUAGGAUUCACAUCAGAUCCCUAAUGGAAGAAGUUUUACUCAGGCACGCAUUGGACUGGAGGAUAUUAAACAAUCCAUCCUAGAGUGCUCAGUUUUUGAGAAUCCAUUAUUUUGUAAUUAGUGGCCUUACGUUCCUUUUAAUCUGGGGGGGGAGGGGAAUCAAUCUUUUUUUUAAGAAAUGGGGAUACAUUGAAACAGCAUCUCCACUAACUGACUCAGCAAAAGUUGGUAAAAAUUCCUUACAUUAACUAUAUUUCAGGACAGUAGAAGUGCUCAUUAAACUAGUUGCUUCUCUAUAGUUACUUGAGAUCAAUUUGAAAAAAAAUAAAGUUUUUUUUAAUACUUCUAUAA